UUCCGCCGCCUCAUUCGAACCUGAAAAAUCGAAGACUAUUAAAGGGGAAGCCUACGCCUUGCCUUUUGAAAGUCAGCAAGCAUUUCUAUAUUUGCUCCUCUAUUUCAUUGCAGCUUUUGUUAAGAUAAUUCUAGAUUCUCCGUUGAUUGUGAUCUAAAGAUGGCGGAAUCUAACCAACACUCCUCCUUUGAAUCUGUCAGAAAGUGGGUUAUCGAGCACAAGCUUCGCACCGUCGGAUGUCUAUGGUUGAGUGGAAUAACGGGAUCGAUCGCUUACAAUUGGUCAAAACCUAACAUGAAAACCAGCGUUAGGCUCAUCCAUGCCAGGUUGCACGCACAGGCACUUACACUUGCAGCGUUAGCGGGAGCUGCAGCGGUUGAGUACUAUGACCAAACGACCAGCAACAUUAAUGCCGAACGAUAUCCCAAAUUUAUUGGCGUAGAUCCCUAUUUGCACAAGAAAUGAAGGGGUCCAUCGUGCACGAAACACCCUACGAUGCUUAGUCUAUGGCUGCUUCCUCUUUUCUUUUUCAGAUUGUUUAUCUUUAUUUUUUUUUUUUU